AUGGCUGCCUCUAUUCUGAAACGCUGCAUAACAACCGGCAUCUGUCAAAGGCUUGCUGUGAAUGCAACCAGGAGUCUCCAUAGAACUGUUCCAGCUAUGGCAGCAAUUGAUGAUAAAUUCAGUCAAGCUAAAGACAGACUCAAUACACUGAAGGAAGACCCUGGCAAUGCUGUUAAAUUACAGAUGUAUGCUCUCUUUAAACAGGCAACAGUAGGAAACUGCAAUGCUCCUAAACCUGGAAUGAUGGACUUUGUUGGAAAAGCAAAAUGGGAUGCAUGGAAUGGUCUAGCAGAUAUGACACAGGAUGAAGCAAAACAGAAGUAUGUGGACAUUGUUGAUGACUUAGCAGGAAAGGAAACACCUGCACCUGAACCUUCUAGUGGUGAAAAAAAACAAGCACCAAAGUUCCAAACCAUUGAUGUGACCGUUGCCGAGGGUGUUUGCAAAAUAAUGCUGAAUAGGCCAGAGAAGAAAAAUGCUAUCAAUUUUGAGAUGUAUGAAGAGGUUGGCAAUGCCCUGAAAGAGGCUGGACAGGAUGAUCGUGUUGUUCUGGCUGUGCUCACAGGCACUGGAGACUAUUACUGCAGCGGAAAUGAUCUCGGAAAUUUUAUGAAUGUCCCUCAAGAUGGUAUAGCAGAUAUGGCAAAGAGAGGGGGACUUAUUUUAGAGAAGUUUGUGAGGUCAUUUAUAGAUUUCCCCAAGCCUCUGAUAGGCCUCAUCAAUGGUCCAGCUGUGGGUGUGUCAGUGACCGUUCUUGGACUCUUUGAUGCUGUGUUUGCUUCAGAUAAGGCAACUUUUCACACGCCAUUCACAGCACUGGGACAGUCACCAGAGGGCUGCUCUUCCUACACAUUCCCUAGGUUAAUGGGCACACCCAAGGCAAGUGAAUUGCUGAUAUUCAACAGGAAAAUAACGGCUGUAGAAGCUAUGGAGAGGAACCUUGUUACAGAGGUUAUCCCUGACCAUGCUUUCCAACAGGAAACCUCAGCAAAAGUGGCAAAGUUCGCUAAACUCCCUAAAAAUAGUCUGCAAAAGGCCCGAAACCUUACGCGAGACCAACAAAGAGAGACAUUACAUCGCGUAAACAAACAGGAGUGUGAUGUACUUGUGGAGAGGUGGCAGUCCGAGGAGUGUCUCAUGGCUAUCAUGAACUUUUUCUCUUCUAAAGGAUCCAAACUUUAAUUAAAAAUCUUCAUGUAUCCAAGGUUUUUUCAUUACCUUAAUUACUUAAACAGAGAAAGAGAUUGAAUUUUUGCUAUGUUUGUAAAUAAAGAAAACAAAUGAUCAACUUGGAUAUUUAGUGUGAUAUUGUUUUGGGAUACGUAAUGAAUCAUUUUAAAUUCUUUAUUUAUUUAGAAUGAUCUCAAUUAAAAACUUUUCAAGUGGUACGUUUAACUCCAUGUCUGUCCAAGCUGGUGGACAAGCUCCUCCAUGGUGAUGUAUUAAAAACUGUCUGUAAUGGGUGAAAUUGUGGUACCUGGUACAUGUACUGUCCGGCUGUGAUUUAGUUAAAACAAAGGGUGUAAUAAUGUUGAUAUUUUUUUUAGUUAUGAUUAUACCAGAUUUAUAUAGCAAACCAGCCUACUGAAUCUGAUAAGGGUCUUUGUAUAUUUGAAUUUAUUUCAUUCAUUUCACUGAAAUAUCUGGGUGGUUUAAUUUAGUUGGUUUCAGCAUUUGUGAAAUCAGAAAGUUGAUGAAGUGUGAUAUUCACAGAUGAUUUUCAAGAUGAACAUACAUUACUGGUUACAUAUGUGUGAUAUUGGAACAAAUUACCAUCUCAUUAAUAUUCAUAUUACGUCAUUGUAUUGUCUCUUUACAAGAUUCCAAAUAUCAGGAGUUUGAUAUUUGAAAAAAAACUGCUGAAGGAUGAUAUCAAAUGUGAUUGAUGUGGAAAGAAAUACAAUGUAUUGGAACAUUGGAAUCCCAAUCUUUGUUAACAAAAUCAAAUUGAAGUAUUGAGUAUUUGAAAGUUCACCGUGAUCUUGCAAACUUUAACAAUUGAGAAACCAGUGAAAAUGUAUAUAUUUUGCAUUUUACUACACAAACUGGUAUUGCAUCAAUAAUGUGAUUUUAUUGUCAAGAACAUUUUUGUGUAUACUCCAAGUAUAUACUUUCAAUGUAAGGUUGAUUUUCAGAUGAAUAA